UUUCACUUCUUUCUUUUGCUCUUCGCUUUCGAAAAAAUCGUGUGGACGGGCGGCGCCGGCGCCGGCGUCCACACAACAUGACGAGGCUCUGCUGCCCCCUCUCCAUGGCGGCGGCGCCCUCUCGCUCCGCCUCCACCAUCCACUCCUCCCUUCCACCCGCCGGAUCUCGCGUCCGUUGGACGAAGACAACGACGGCCGGCCGAGCCGCGGCCGACCUGCGCUGCCGCCGGCGGCUCCUCAGCGCAAGAGGCGAGCACCCGGAUCCGGACGAACAAGACGAAGACGAAGAAGUAGACGAGCCGGCGGCGGGAGGGUUCGAGGCGGCGGCGGCGCUGUUCAACGGCGGGGAGUACCACGCGUGCCACGACGCGGCGGAGGAGCUCCUCUGGCGGUGCGCGGACGAGGAAGGAGGCCCCGCCCGGACGCUGCUCCACGGCCUGCUCCACUGCGCCGUGGGGAUGCACCACCUAAUCGGCCGCAACCACCGCGGCGCCAUGCUCGAGCUCGGCCAGGGCCUCUGCAACCUCCGCCGCCUCGACCUCGACCACGAUUCCGACCAUGGGCGGCCGUUCGCGCGGUUCAGGGACGAGAUCGCCGCCCUGCUCGCCUUCCUCUACCGCACCCAGAAGGAGCUCGCCGCAUGCACAGAGGAGAUGUGCGUGGCCAUGGACGGCUCGGCGACGACGUACCAGCUGCUGGGCGACUUCGCCGCCGGGCAGCGGCUGUACCGGCUGGGCGCCGGCGAGGACGGCGUGCCGGCCAUCGUCUUCUCCGCCGGUGGCGGCGGCGGCGGCCGUAGCUCGGUGAAGCUCCCGGUGCUGCACGCCACGGAGCGGCAUCUCGCGGCGCUCCAGCGCGCGCACUGAUACUCUGCUCGAUCUUAGCUUAGGUAUGGGUACCAAAUUCGGCGAAAAAAUUUGUAAGCAAAUUCAAAUUCGACGAACGAUUCGAUGUGUACAUCAACUGUAUACAAUCAGAGAAACAGAGUGCAAAAGCAAUAGUAGAACGUUGCAGAAUAAAA